AUGAAGAAUGAAAAAGAAAAUCUUUUAUUAGAAAAUCUAAAAAAGAUAACAACAAUAGCCUAUCACAAGGAAAUUGAAAUUUAUUUAUCAAAAUUAAAGGAUGAUAAAUUAAUAAACAUGGUCAAAGGAUUAGUUUUAUCACCAGAAAAGUUUGUAAAAGUAAUGGAUAAAGCAAUUAAAUAUAAUGAAUUUACGAAAUCACCAUCAAUUGAACAUCCUUUAUUUAAUUCAUUAAUUUUGAAUAUUAAUAAGGUAUCACAAGUUUUAUUAAAAUUGGAUGAAAAAAAUGAUGAUGAUUAUGGUGAUCAUGAUGAUGAAAAUCAAUUAAGAAUUAAAGAAGAUUUAAAAAUGUUAUUAAAUGGUUACAUUGAACAAUUAGAAAUUUAUUCAAAAAAUUUAGUUGAACUAGCUAAAAAAAAAGAUUCAAAUUUAUAUGAAGAAAAUCCAUUAGUAUUAAUUGAUAGUUAUGAAAGUGAUGGUAAUUUAAGAUAUAGAAAUUUGAAUUCAUUGAAAUCGGCAUACCAAAUUUCAUCGUAUGAUCCUGAUACGUUAUCUUAUGUGAAAGAUAAUGAAUUUGGAACGAGUUAUGUCUCAAGAUAUGAUGAAAUGUAUUUCAAAGUUGACAACGGAAAUACUUUACUGAGACCAGCUAAAGAACAUUCAAUAUUCCAAUUCUAUAAACAACUUUAUCCAGAUUUAGACUACUCAUUGGUUACACCAACGAAAUUACUAUAUUUAUCAAGAUUACCUUUCUUACCAAUCGAAUCUAGUAAUGAGAAAAAAGAAUUUUCAAAACAGGUGCAAGAGAAUAAUUUAAGUAAUUCCAUUGGAGCUGUAUUUGAAAAUAAUCCAACUUUAAAAGAAACCAUUAAAAAAUGUUUAAAAGAGAGAAAUCAAUCAUUAUUCAUUCAAUCUUCUUUAAAGGUUGAUGGUGAUUCUUUUACUGAUGUUAUUGAAAAUUUUAAUAAAAAGAUUGGUUCACUACCAUUGGAUGAAGAAAGUUUUAGUGCUCAUGUUCUGUCAAACUUUUUAAUAAUGUCAACAGAUGCAAAGGAUGAUAAUUACAUAAUUGAAAAAGGUACAAAAAGAAUAAUUGGUAUUGAUAAUGAUAAUUGUUUACAAUCUGAUGAAAUUGAAAUCAAAAAUAAUGAUUUGCAAAUUGGUGUUAAGAAUAUUUUAUUCACGAUUGAGCCAUUAAUGUUAAAAAGUGUAAAUUCUAUAAUUAGAAACCAAUUUAUUAAACAUAAUCCAUUUGUUUUCAUUUUAAAUUGGAUUAAUAGUUUAAAAGAGAAUAAUGAAAUUUAUGAAACUUUAUUUUCAAAAACUUUAGAAGCUGAAUCAAGAAUAGCGAAUUUUAGAGAAGAUAUGGAAAUUCCAUGGACUAUUUCAAUUCGUUUCAUUAGUAAUAUGAUUGACAGAUUUAAAAUUUUAAUUCAACAACUUUCAAUAUCUGAAGAGAUUACUCAUCAAGAUUUAUUUAAACAAGUUCAUCCAUUUGCUUAUUAUUAUUAUAAUUUCUUUUCAAAACAUUUCGGUCAUACAAAUGUUAAAGAUCAAGCAAGAGAUAUUUUUCAUGGUAAUUUAAAUUUAAAUCAAUUAUUAUUUAGACAUGGUACUGAAGCUGAAAAAAAGUUAUUAAAAGAUCAAAUUAAUCAAUACCUUAAAGAACAAUCGAAUCCACUUGAUAAAUCAGAUGUUUCAUUUGAUAAAAUCAUUAGAUAUAUCAUUGCAAAAGCAGAAUUUAAAGAUUUUCAAUCAAAUAAUCUUCAUUUAAUUCAAUGGUUAGAAAUGGUAUUUAAUUAUUUUAAAAAUGAAAUGAGCUCUCCAUUAUUUGAAGUCAACCCUAACUUUAUUAAAAGUAGUACAGAUAAUACACCAUUCUAUAAAAUUCAUAAAUCAUUUUUUGAUUCAAAGAAAUUAGUUUUAAUUUCAUUAUUUAGAGGUUUUGCAAGUGAAGAAUUAAUUAAUAAAUUUAUUAAGUUUAUUAAUUAUUCUAAUCAAGAAAUUAUCUCUACAAAUGAAAAAUCAAUUUUACAUUCACUUUUAAUUGAUUUUGAUUGUAUUAGUAAUAGUAAUAGUGAAGAAAAGAAGAAAACUGAUCAAGUUUCAAAAUAUAUUUUAUUAUUAAUUAAAUCAUUUGGAUUUGAUAUUAAUUUAGUUGAAGAUGGUAAAACCAUUUUAGAUUUAGUGGUAUUAAAUAAACAAUUUGAACUUUUUAAAUUGUUAAUUGAUUUAGGUGCGGGUAAAAAUUCAGAUCAAGUUUUAAUUUCAAAUUAUUAUUGUCAACAAUUGACCGACGAUGAAAGAUAUGAUUUUAGACCUUAUUUAAAAUUAUUAUUUCAACAAAAUCCAAAAAUAUCUUGGGCAAUAACUUUGAACAAAUUAUUACCAAUUGUUGGAUUGGAUGAUAAUGAUGAUGAAGAUUUUAAAAAGAGAUUAAUUUCACCAGUAAUUGGUGAGAAAAGAAUAGUUUCAAAAGAAUUUUGGAAUAUUUUAUUCGAUAGUGAAACUAAUCAACCAAUUAGAAGAAAUAAACAUGGUGGAAGAUCUGUAACCUUUAUUAAUGAUGUAUUUGGUAAUGGUAUCUAUUUCAAAUUUGAGCCACAAUUCCCAGGAACUGAACUUUCCGUAAUUAGAUUAUCUGAAGCAUUAUUUGGUUUUUGUUCACCCUAUUGCGAAUUGGCUUCGAUAAAUGGUGGAACACCAGUUUUAUUAAUUCAACAAGUGGAAGGUAUAACUUUAGCUGAUGUUAUAGAUAACCCAGAUUCUUUUAGUGAUAAAGAAAGUCAAGAACUAUUAAAUAAAUUAGAUCAAUCAAAUAUAUCAAAACAAUUAGUAACAAGUAUGUUGGUAAAUAAUGCAGAUGGUAAUUUAGGUAAUUUUAUUAUCUCUCAAGUUAUUGAUGAUUCGAAUCAUAGUGAAGAUACUACCAAUUCAAUAAAUAAAUAUAAAUAUAAACUAUAUUCAAUUGAUAAUGAACAAUGUUUUAUGCCUUCUGUGGCAAAGGUAAGUGGUCCAUUUAAUUUAUUAAGUAAGGUAUCAUAUCAAACUGAAUCUGCUUUAUAUUUAUUUGAACAAAUGAAACAACCAAUACAUCAAGAUGUUAUUGAUGCUAUUAAAAAUAUGGAUAUCUAUAAAGUUUGUAGAGAUUGGGUAACAAAUUUAAUUGAUCAACAUGAUGCUUCAAUAGAUCACUUUAAAUCAAAUGAAAAAUUAUUAUUAAGUCAAAGAAUUACAAUUAUUGGUAUAUCUUUUAGUAAAGGUAUGAUCAAACAAAUGUUUAGUAAAUUAACACGUUUACAACAAAUAAUUACCUCACAAACUAAUGAAAUUAAAGAUAAAGAAAAUAAUAGUCCUGAUCAAGAAAAUAAUAAUAAUAAUAAUAAUAAUUUUAAAAAAAUUACACACUUUGAAUUAUUAGAAGAAUUAGAACCAAUGAUUGCAAAUAGAUAUAGAGAUUUAUUAUUUAAUUCAGAUUUAUCAUUAGUUGGAAAAUAUAGAAAAUAUUUUAAUCUUAAAGUUGGAGAAGAUACAGGAACAACAAAAAAUAAAUCUAAAAUUUUAUUAGAAUCUAGAGAUUUACCAGAUUCUAAUGAAAUUCAAAAUGCUCUUUGGAGUGGUAAUUUUGGACCAAGAAAAGCAUUGGAAGAAUUGGAUGAUUUUUGUAAAAUGAAAUUUCAAAAUAUUCAUCACUUUUUUGAAGAGUUUGAAAAAAAUAGUAGUUCUCAAUUUAAAAUUGAAAUUAAUCAAUUUGCAACAUUUUUAAGAGAAACCAAUUUCAAAGAUUUUAGUGAAACAAGACAAAAAUCAUUAUUUGAAAUUUUAAAGAAUAAAGAAAUAGCUUCGAUAUCAUUGGUGAAUUCUAUAGUGACGAGAAAUGAAUUAUUAACUUUUAAAUUGGAUACAUUGGUAGUAUUAGAUCUAUCAGAAUGUCUUGGUAUUAAAACUUUAACAUAUGAUUAUGCAGGUUUUAUUUUUUUAAAAUUUCCAUCUUUAAAACGUUUUAAAAUUGAUAAUUGUAUAAAUUUAACAAAUGUUAGAAUAGAAGCAAACAAUUUAUCAACAAUCAGUGCAAUUAAUUGUAAAGCACUUAAAGAGUUUUAUGUGAUAAUGGGAAAUGUUACUCGUUGUAUUUUUGAAAACUCAAUUUCAAAUCUAAGUGUAUUAGAUAAUAUUAAAAAAUUUUCAAACUUGGUACGUUUAGAUAUUUCUGGUUCAAAUUUACAAAGUUCUGAAUUAUUUUUACAUUUUAAUAAUUUAGAGGUAUUGCUUGCUCGUUCAAUUAAAAAAUUAAAAUGUCUUUAUUUUAAUCUUCCUGUUGCUCAUACUAUUCUAUUAGAAGGUUGUGAUGGUUUAGUGGAUUUAUUGGGUGAAGCUAGAUCUUUAAAAGUAUUGAAAGUACCUCCAUCCGUUAAUGGUGCUGAUCCUAUUCAUGAUCCAAGAAAUAAUUUAUUAAAAGCUCAAUUAGCAAGAAUAAAAAUUAAUUUAAUUGGCACACCAGAUAAUCCAUACUUUUCACAUUUUCGUUCAAAUAAUGACUAUGUAAUUACAAGUGAAACACCAAACAACAACAAUAUUAAUAAUAAUAAUAAUAGUAAUAAUAACGAUAGUCCUUUAAGAGGAUUUGUUAGUAAAGAUGUUGAAAUUUGGACAAGAGGUGAUCAAAAUAUUGGAAAUCAUAAUCUUUUUAAUAUUUCAAACUAUAUUUUCGUAAUCUAUGAUUUAGAUAAUCCAAAGAGUAUUGCCUCUUUAACACUUCCAUUAAAUUUAAUAUAUACAAAUACUUCAAUAGUUAAAUCAAAGUUGGAGCGUAUUCUUUUAGUUUGUGGUGCUUCAAACUCUUCAUAUAUAACAAUUUCACCGGUUAAUAGAAAUUUAAUUAAAGACUUUAUGGAAAAAUAUAAUUUUAAAGACUCUUUAUUUUUAUGGUCACCAACUAGUUUUAAUCAUAGACAUCAAACCAUUCAAUCAUUUAAAAACAAAAUUGAUAAUUAUUUAUUUCCAAAGAGAAACAUUAAUUUAGAAUCAAAGGAAACAACAGAUUUAAAAUCAUUUUAUAAACCAGACGAGGUUAGAUUUAAUAAUGAGAUAUUUUUAAGAUGUUUUAAUGAUUGCGAAAUUCCAGAUUUUAAUCCUCAAAAUUUAUUACUCGAUUCUCAAGUUGAUUUAUAUUAUUUUCAAAUUCCAGAUCAAACAAGACGUUUAUAUUUAAAAAAUAUUGAUCAAGAUUUAGUAAAGGGUGUAAUACCUAAAACUAUUGUCUCACUUCAUAUUGGUUCAACAAUGUAUCAACUAAAACCAAAUUCAAUUCCAAGUUCGGUUGAAACUCUAUAUUUAGAGGAAAACUUCUCAUCAUCUCUUCUUAGUGGAAUUAUACCAAAUAGUGUAACUUUAUUAGUUUUAAAUGAUAUUAAAACCCCGAUUUUAGCUGGUUCAAUACCAUCAAGUGUAAGGAUACUAAAAUUAGCAAAUGGUUUUAAUCAAAAUUUAACAAGUGGUUUAAUUCCUGAAACUGUCAAAAAUUUAUACCUUUAUGAUAUUAAAAGUCAACUUUCAAUUGGAUCAAUACCAUCAGGUGUAAUUUCAUUAACCCUAGGUAACGGAUUCAAUCAAUCGAUAACCAAAGGUAUUAUUCCUAGUACUGUUGGUUAUUUACAUGUUUAUAAUAUUAAAGAACCAUUAUUAAUUGAAUCAAUUCCAGAGCAAUUAACUUGUAUAGAAUUUCAUAAUUCUUAUAACUACCCAUUAACCAAAGGUAUAAUUACAAAUGGUAUUGAAAAAGUUCACAUUCAUUCUAUAACUUAUCCAUUAAUAGAAAAUGAAACAUUUCCACCAAGUGUAACAUCAUUACAUAUUCAUCAAAAUUAUAAUCAUAUAAUUCAUCCAAAUACAAUUCCCUCAACUAUUAAAUAUCUUAAAAUUGAAAAUUUAAAACAACCAUUAAUAAUUGGUUCAAUACCUAAAACUUUAACAACAUUAGAAGUUCCAAAUUUAGAUUAUUUUAAACAAAAUAUAAUUAAUAUUUUACCACUAGAAUUACCUAAAAUAGUUUUUACAAAUUAA